AUGAGUCCUGGUUCCCAGGACCAAUUCACUCCUAUAGACAAGUCCCUGCAGGAUCUGGUGACAGCCUCAUCUGCUAAGAAAGCCUUCUAUCAGAACAAGAUCUGUGCUGCUACUGACUCCAGAAAACUGUUUAUGGUGUUUAACUCCUUGCUUUCUCCUCCAGCUGCUCAGCCUUCCCCUACACUGACUCCAGACAUGUUUGCCUCCUUUUUCACUGAAAAGGUGGCUGCAAUCAGCAACCAGUUCUCUGAGCCUGACCGGCCCAGUCAGCUCAAACCCACUACUGCCGCUUCACUCUGCUCUUUUGCUCCUCUGACCGAGGAUGAGGUCUCCAGACUUCUUCUGAGCUCAAAACCUACAACAUGUCCUCUCGAUCCAAUACCCACCCGCAUCCUGCAGACCAUCCUGCCCACUAUCAAACCUGCAGUCACACACAUUGUCAAUUCCUCCCUAAAAACUGGCACUUUUCCUGCUACUUUUAAGCAAGCCCGUGUCACCCCACUGCUCAAAAAGCCUAAUCUCAACCCCGCCCAGAUCAUGUCGACCUUUCCUCUUCACUUCCUGUUGUUGGUGGUUUUCCUCCCCGUUGUCAUGGCGAUGCCUGAGCCCGGCUCCUCGGGGGACUGGGGGGACCCUCGCGCACUUCCUGGACCCUCCUACCCACCCAUGGACAGCCCCGGGCUCUACCCUGACGGGACCAACAUGACGGAGGUGCCAGCCGGGGCUCUGGAGUACUACUGCCAGAUGCUGCUGCAGUCCCCAGGGCCUGUCCCCCCCUGGUACCCCACACACUGCAAGAGCACCACAGGGCCCAAAGGAGACCAGGGAGACCGCGGACCCCCAGGUCCUCCAGGUAGUCCUGGAAGACGAGGAAUGACAGGCUUCAGAGGUCCUCCUGGUUUUGUGGGCAGACCAGGGGUCAAAGGACAGAAGGGGGACGAUGGGGACAAGGGGGAUCGUGGAGUCCAGGGCUUUACGGGAUCUAAAGGAGGUAGAGGCUUCAAAGGGGAGAAGGGGGAGCAGGGUCUGGAGGGCCGCCCGGGGGACCAGGGUCCUAAAGGAGAUGAUGGAGUCUGCCCAGGUGCCUGUGAGUCCAGCUCUGGUCCCCCAGGACCUCCAGGUCUGCCUGGCACUGUGGGGACCAGAGGUCUUCCCGGUACCCCAGGACCACUGGGGCCCAGAGGCCAGAAGGGUGACGUGGGUGAGAUGGGCCCCCAUGGCCUCCCUGGAUCUGUGGGCGGGAAGGGAGAACCAGGGCCAGAGGGGGAGUGUAACUGUACAGAUGGAACAGAUGGGGCCCCGGGGCAGAGGGGUGAGAAGGGAGACAAGGGGGACCAGGGGCCAAUGGGGUCACAGGGGCAAAUGGGGCCACAGGGGAUUCCGGGAGACAUGGGGCCCAUGGGGAUUAUGGGUCGUCCUGGUCCCUGCAUGCCCAGUGUCCAGUCAGCCUUCGCUGCAGGGCUGACAUCCAGCUUCCCCUCACCGAACGCCCCUGUCGUCUUCGCCCACAUUUUCUACAAUGUCCAGAGAAGCUACAACGCCAAUUCCGGGAUCUUCACCGCUCCUGUCAAUGGCACCUACAUCUUCAGCUUCCACGUCACUGUCCACCAGCGCGUCCUCAAAGUUGGCCUCUUCCGUAACUACAAGUCAGUCGUCAUAAACACAUGCACUAAAGAGUUAGGGACUGCCUCGCACUCUGUGGUCCUUCACCUGGUCUACGGGGACUUGGUGUGGAUCCAGGUCAAGGACUUUACUACAAACGGCAUGUACGCCGGUUAUGAGUCCAGCAGUACCUUCUCUGGCUUCCUGCUCCACCCAGAUUCAUGUGACAUGGCCUUACCCAGAGCAGGCCCACCAGAGACCCCUCCUCCCAGCACAGAGUACCCCUGGAGCAACAGCGAUGACCCCGAACCUUAAGUAGUUUGACAUGUAGAGGGUGACAAAGCGAAAUAAAUUAUUUUAGACCUGUAACAUGCGAUUC